AUGGUCUUUGCUUUAUGGGUGCGGGAUGCCGCCGCUGAUGCUGCAAGGAAGACAAAUAUUGAACUAUGGACUUUAUACGGAAUUGGUGUCGCUUUUACGAUCCUCAGAACAUAUUCCCGAAUUAGAGCUGUGGGCUUGAGAAAUCUGCGACUGGAUGACUAUUUGAUAUGGAUUGGAAUUAUAUUCUAUACAGCACAGACGGCUCUGGCAUAUAAUGUCGGUGCAGUAGCCAACGGCCUCGCAAAUAAUAGCAUGACAGAUGCGCAGCGGACUGCGCUAUCACCGAGCAGCUCGGAAUAUUCCGCCAGAGUGACUGGUUCCAAGAUCCAAAUCGCAGGAUGGAGUACAUAUGUAGCAUUGAUCAACUCUUUGAAGUUAUCAAUGCUGGCAUUCUAUCUUCGCCUUAUGGAAGGACUCGGCCGUCGAUACCAGAUUCCCAUAUACGUCGGCCUUGCCCUCAUUACGGCGAGCUUCAUCGCCAGCAUGGUCGCGAUUCUUGCAUCAUGCAGACCAUUUCACAAAAACUGGCAGAUUAAUCCUGACCCCGGCAAUGUGUGCCAGCCAGCAAUUUCCAAACCCGUCAUCGCCGUGACCUUUGCCGCGAACCUCCUCACAGACCCAUACCUGAUCUUCAUCCCGAUUCCUAUGCUCUGGAAAUCCAGCCUAAAGGUCAUCAAAAAGAUUGCGACAACUAUCGUCCUAAGCGCCGGUAUUUUCAUUCUCGUCUGUGCAACACUCAAGAGUGUCUUCCUACUAGUGGAUCCCGAGAACGGUGCUACUGUUGCCAACGAAUGGGGUACCCGCGAAACCUUCGUCGCAGUCAUUACAACCAACCUUCCAAUGGUCUUCCACCUAUUCCGCACAUGGCUUACAAGGGUGUUCGGCAGCAAGUUUGGAUCGUCUCAUAAGACAAAUUACAAGACACCCUCCGCCUCCGGCGGGUUGCAUACUAUCAGCGGUCGUGGAAACUUUGCUAGCCGCAAGGGCCGUUCAGACAUGGAUCCUAUCACAAUUGGGAUGACAUUCACUGAGAGUGAGGAACGGAUGAUGGAGGAUGAGAUCAAGAUGCAGAAUAUCCGUCACAAUGUUACACAUAUCCAGUCAACCGAUAACGGGACUCCUUCUUCGAGCGGCAUCAUGGUCUCGAAUCAGGUUGAUGUUACGAAUGAGUCUGUUAGUCGGACGAGUGAUGGAGCGCGAAGUGUUCGGGAAGUAUGGUAG